AUGCCUCCUCAGACGGGCUCCAGCGAGAAGGGGACGAGUCCCAUCCCGGCCUUCCCGCAGCCUUUCACUUGGGAGGAGGUCAGGAUGCACAAUGGCCGUGGGGAGAGCCGGGAGCAGUGGCUGGUCAUCGACAGGAAGGUCUAUGAUGUCAGCAGGUUUUCCAAGAAGCACCCUGGAGGCAGCAGAGUUAUCAGCCACUAUGCUGGGCAGGAUGCCACGGAUGCCUUUGUAGCUUUUCACAACGAUAAGUCUCUGGUGAAAAAGUACUUGAGAUCUCUGCUGAUUGGGGAGCUGGCACCAGAUCAACCCAGCUUUGAGUCCAAUAAAAAGAAAUCCCUCCUGGAGGAUUUUCGUGAGCUGCGCUGCACUGUUGAGAAGAUGGGACUUCUGAGGCCAAACUACUUCUUCUUCUUCCUGGUUUUCCUUCACGUCCUGGUGCUGGAUGCUGCAUCCUGGCUCGUGAUCUGGUACUUUGGCAUCUCCUUAGUGCCUUUCCUGGCUGGCAUGGCGUUCUUCACUGUUGCUCAGAUCCAGAUGGGCUGGUUCCAGCAUGAUCUGGGGCACUGCUCUGUCUUCAGGAAGCCCAGAUGGAAUCGGGUGCUGCAGAUGGUGGUGAUAAAUGUUAUGAAGGGCUUACCUGCCAGCUGGUGGAACCACCUGCACAACCAGCACCACGCCAAACCCAACUGCUUCCGUAAAGACCCUGACCUCAACAUGCACCCCCUCCUCUUCAGCCUGGGAAAGACACUUUCUGUGGAGCUUGGAAAGAAGAAGAAGAAGUUCAUGCCUUACAAUUACCAGCAUAAGUAUUUCUUCUUGUUGGCCCCACUUGCACUCAUCCCCUUCUUCCAGCUAACUAUAUUCCACUUUACAAUCAAGAGGAAAAAGUGGUUGGACCUGAUAUUGCUUGUGUCUUUCACCAUCCGAGUAUCCCUCAUGUAUAUUCCUUUAAUGGGAUUUAAGAACUUCAUGAUAUACUAUUGGCUGUCCAGGUACUUUGAGAGCACCUGGUUUAUUUGGGUGUCACAGAUGAACCACAUUCCAAUGGACAUUGAUUAUGAUCAGAACAAAGACUGGGUGUCUACUCAGCUCCAUGCAACCUGCAACGUGAAGCAAUCUUUGUUCAAUGACUGGUUCACUGGGCACUUGAACUUUCAAAUUGAGCACCACCUGUUCCCCACAAUGCCUCGACACAACUACUGGAAAGUAGCUCCUCUAGUGAAAAGCCUUUGUGAUAAGCACGGCAUUGAAUAUAAAACCAAGACUUUACUGACAGCCUUUGUAGAUAUUUUGCGUUCCCUGAAGGAUUCUGGGGAGCACUGGCUUGAAGCAUAUCUGCAUGGGUAA